AUGGACACUCAGCCAUCAACAGACGAUAAUCCUAGGACGGUCUUACUCAAAGACGCAAAAGGAUAUCCAAUAUACAGCUUCCACAUCGACACAUCUCUCUCUAAGGAUACCAAGCCUGACUCUAGCAGUGAAUGGGCCCAAUCGGCAAUUGGGAGUAUCAGCGAGGCCAUGUCCAAAGUAUCAGAUACUGGGAAUAGAGGGUUCAAGCUCGAGGAAGAUCGGGGGUAUACCGUUUUAUCAUGUAAUCAAUGUCCCAACACUCAUGUCUUCUUCGAUCCUGAGUUUAGACCUGAUGUAGGCCGACUGAAACUUAAGCUCAGUCAGCAUACCACCAAAGAUGGAGACAGUAGUGAGACCAAAGUAGAUAUCAAGAAGAUGAUGAAAGAUCUUGAACAGCUCAGAACACAGAAUAUCUCUGUUGUUGAAUUGAAGGACGAUGACGAUGGGCCAAGUUGGGAAGAUUCCUGUCUACAAUGUAUACAGCUUUUGUGCUAUGAUGCUUUCGUUGAGAAUGACCCAAAGGCUUUGACAGUAUGUGGGAUCGGUAGUGCUGUGGUGAUCGGAUCUGAGGCUUUGGCGCUCGGAACUGGAAUCAGCUCUGCAGCAGGUGCAUGA